CAUGCAAAAGAUGAAGAGGAAAGAUAUUCAAAUAUGUCUCUUUUUGGCCUUCGUCUUUAUAGCUACUAGAAAUUAUUCUGCUACGGCCAUGAGGAUUCGCAAAGCAGAACCAGGUGGCUUCAAGCUCAAACCUGCACAAUCGAGUGAAGGUUCAGCGGCUGGAUUCUUGUCUGCUACUUGGAACAAAUCAGGAAUGCAGGUCAUAGAAAAUUAUCGUAAAGUUCCUUCAGCACCUAAUCCCAUUGGAAAUCGGCACCCACCAGCCAAGCAUGACUGAAAGGAGGCACUCAA